AAGAUGGACCGUCCGAUCUGGAAAGAGUACUAGUCGUAGUCAAGCUCAGCAGCAGCUGCGGCUGCUGCGAACUCUGACCGCGAGCAGCCAUGGAGUUAUCCAUUGCGCCUGCGGCGAUGGCGAUGGCGAUGGGCCUCCUCGCGAAGAACCCCAAGAUGAUCAAUCACAGAUAUGCCAGUGACAUGCAACUGCAGCAUCGCCUAUCUCCAGCUUGUUCGGUGAUGUUCAACAAGCAGUGUUCAUACCGAAUCACCCGUAAAGCUUGCAGUGUUCUUGGGGCAGUAUCUCCGAUACAAUGUACAGAAACCAGCACAGAGUCUUUAGUAUCUUUCAAAGAUUUUCUUGUGUCUGUGCAAACUGAAGAGGAUGGACUGAUAAAGCUACGAGUAACUGUAGCUGAUACAAUGACAGAAUCUAUCUUUGAGAAAGUUUUCUCAAAGAAUGUUGCUGCUGCACAACCACUUCCUGGCUUUCGACGAAUGAAAGGAGGGAAAACUCGAGAUAUACCAAAAGAGAUUGCUCUGCACUUAAUUGGGCCAUCAAAGGUGAAGAAAGAAACCAUCAAGAAUAUCAUCAGCCUCACAAUUGCCGAAUAUGUCCAAAAGGAGGACCUCGAUGCAUCAAAAAAUCUGAAGGUUCUACAGACCUAUGAGGAGCUUGAAGCAGCAUUCGAACCUGGAAAAGAGUUUUGCUUUGAUGCAACUUUUCAUUUACAGUAGGUUAAUGCAGUUAAGGACUCGGGAUUUAGAUAGCCAUUAGAGAUGACCCCUGCAACCAAAGGGGCUUCCAGUUCCAGCUGAUGAUUAAUAGCACAACCUACAGAUAAACUUAUUAUCUAGACAAUGAUGCAUACGAACACUUGUUAGUCAGUACAAAGUGAAAUUAUGUUGCCUGGCUAUCUGUAUUCUUGUAAAAACAACAUGUUUUUAGAUUAGCAAAUUUUCUUGCAGUCCUCGUUAAGAUGGCCGUGUGCACCUUUGCAUGUAGAGGCCGGGGGAUUAUAAGUUUUCCAUUAUUAUAAAGAGGAACUUUCUUCCAGGCAGAAGUGAGAUAGUUUCUUGGUUCGAGCAGUUGUAAACAAAGAUUUCUGUACUGUAUGAACAAAUAUUAGUUUCUCGUG